AUGGUUUGGUCGUUCCUCGAGAACCUGCCCACCCACAUCUUCCGUGUCCCACCUGUGUCAGAGAGACGCCCGUUCGACACAUCCACAUUCUUCGCGUACAUCGUACCAACGUGCCUCUCUUACUAUGUCGCCGCAGUCCUAGUCAUUCUCCCCGGAACGCGUGUGUUGCGCAUCGCACUGUGGCCACUCGUCGCUCUCUUGGCUUUUCGAGCCACCAUGGGCAUCGAUUUCACAGGUGGGGACCCUCAGAAAACGUUUUUUAAUCUUAUUAUGUUCUGCUUCGUCGUGCGCACGUUCGAAUGGACAGCCGCAAAAGACCCACUCAAGCGGCAUCUCCAGCCAGCUGGUUCUUCUCCGUCCAUCUUCGUGGACGCGCUGGACCUCUCCACUAACGUCCGCGGUGUCGGUUGGAACUGGUCCAAAAGCCUUCGUUUUCCUCCGGACGCACGUCCCUCCUCGCGUGGAUGGUUCAUAGCAUAUGUCUUACUCUCCACUUGGUACCACAGCGUUGUAUGUGGUGCAUUCCACCUUGCUACGCAAGCGUUUUCGCCCGAGACCUUCACUGUUCUAAGUGGAGGCACGAUCUUCGAUGCGACACUUCCUCCUCUCAUCCGAUACUUCCGAUCCGUCAUCAUCACUGUCUUCGCCGCAGUUGCCAUCUUCGCUGUCAUGCAACUGAUAUAUGACAUUGCUACGCUCAUUGGUGUUAUCGUGCUUCGGCAAGGCCCUGCGCAAUGGCCACCCGUAUUCGACAAGCCGUGGAAAGCAGACUCGUUGCGCGACUUCUGGGGUUAUAGGUGGCAUCAACUGUUUCGGCGGACAUUCAUCGUUGUUGGAGGAUGGCCUCUUGGGAUCGCCUUCGGACGUAUGGGAUAUGUGCUAGGAUCAUUUCUCGCAUCGGGGGUAGUCCACAACAUCGUGGUAGUCAUGCUCAAUCAAAAUGUCGAAUGGUGGUGCAUGCUCCUCGCGUUCGGGAUGAUGGCCGUUGGCGUUAUCCUUGAGCACAUGUUCACGCGGAUGACGGGGAAGGAAGUGGGUGGGUGGAUUGGGAGAGUAUGGUCGAUGGCUUGGUUGUUGGUGUGGGGAAGUAUCAUGAUGGAUGGGUUCGCGCGAGCGGGGUUGCUUGCAUCAACGACCUUGUUGGAUACUGCGUGCCCUGUCAAAGGGAUCGUGGAAUAUUAUGUGACGGUGUUGGAUAGGUGGUUGAGGGAAUGUGCAUCAUAG